AAUAGAUGGACUCCUUCCUGCGAAUGGAUAGAGAUACAACUGAGCCUCUCAGCACUCGUCGCCAAAGGAAUUCAAUUCUUCGCCCCUUGAGCCAGAUGGGUCAGUCCUAUUAAAACAUGUAACAGUCGGUAAACGUAGUUAUCACUAUAUGUUAAUCUAUUUUAGAACAAGGCCUUUACUAACCAUCCUCAUCCACUGUUGCUGGUAAUGGGAUACACGCCCAACAUAUUUUUGUCAUCACCUCCCAUGAACCAAAACCACCCUUGGAGGCAACUUUUCCUUCCAGCCCCGCACGACGUAGCGCGCAUUGCUGAUUUCGCACGCGAUGGGCAGUAGCAGCUCGGGCGCAAGGGCAGAGCCGCAGGUGGUGAAUGAAGAGAGUUUUAAGGUGACUUGUGUUGGGCAUUCCCUGGUCAACGACACCUAUGAGUAUGACUUCUUCGUCCAGCCUCCAGCCAGCACAGGCGCUCCGGGGCAAACGGUCCGCCGCAGCUUCAAGGAGCUCCAACGCUUGGGCCACGCCAUGAGCGCACGCUGGCCGCGCGCGAGCCUCCGGACGCCUUCCAGGCCCUUUUUUGAGGUGCCUGGAGAGCAAGGAGAAGUGAUGGAGAGAUCCCUUCGUGCCAUGCUGAGCCUGGAGCCCUUUCCGCGCUCCACGGCGCUGCGGCACUUCUUGGGGAUCGCCAUGCCGCCGCCCGCGGACCUGUCCGAUGGACACGUCGCUGGACACUGGCGGCUCGGAGCUGAGAUGAGGUUGCCCUUGGGCGCGGCGGCCACCGUCAUGAGCUUCUGCGAGGCCCACGUGGCGCUGAAGGUCUGCACGCGCGUGUGCAAGGCGCUGCAGGCGGCCGUGCUACACCCCACCUCAUGGCCCAGGCUCACCGUCUCCUCGCGCGUGGCGGAACGAUGCAUUGACAGUUUGUGCCGAAUCUUGUGGAGGACCUGUGUCGGAGUGCAGGUCUUAACGCUGGACCUCACGUUCCAACAAGGACACCUGGGCGUGGCGUUACCCGCGCAGCUGCUGCUCCGGCAGCUGCGCUCCUUGACCCUGCGUUUGGGCGACCCGGAGGCCCAAGCCUUCGCCUGUGACCUGCUCAGCUGCGUGGAGUCUCCGAAGCUUUGGGAACUGCGACUCAGUGCGCAACUCACUGCGCAGCUGCUGAAUGCCGCGAGCAUGGCCCUGCUGCCCACGGAGCAGCCGCUGCGGCGUUUGGCCCUGACGGCCUUACCGGAUGCACGGCUCGGCGCAGGCACCGUGGCAGCUGUGAGGGCUCUUUUGGACUCAGCACCGCGGGUGGCGGACCUGGCGAUCUCUGUGGAGGAUGCCUUUGGAGGCGACAGCCGUUGGUUCGAAAGGUGUGGGCCACUGGAGACGCCGGUGCUACAGACCAUGAUGGCACUGAACUUGGAGAGCUUGAGUCUUGGGAGCAGGCGCAGAAACAUGGGUUGGAUCAUUACCCCAGAUAGUUUCCUUGAACCCCCCCAACCUUUACUUUGCACACUGGGCCCAUGAAGCAAAUCCAUGAGAAGCUACCAGGGCUCGCAAGUUGGCUGUUACAUCGGCCUGGAUAUGUGCAUGCAUGUUGCGUAGCCCUUUUGCUAGUCGCUUUCGCUUUUGACCUGAGACAGCCUGAACUUCCAAUUGGCCACACCUGCGAUAUCUCCGCCCCCUCUCAAAGAUCACAGAGAUAUGGACAAGUCCAUUUGCUGAAUCCAAUUGAGGUGUUCGAAUUCGGACUAGCCUGGUGGUCCAUGUCUAUUCUGAUUUUCCUGUAGUCUAGCCUUAUACUAGAGUGCUUUUUCCAUUGAGGACCUUUGACUUCCUCUCUGAUGAGCUCUUGCUCGCGAUCAGCUCCUCCUCCGAUCGUGCGCUGUGGCCCCAAUUGCGGAGGGCCAAGCUGUCGGGUUGCAAACGAGUGCUGGAAGACCCAGAUGGCAUGCUGGGAGUGCUGCUGAGCAAGCUUGGAGAAGAGCUGGAAGAGUUCGCUUUGCUCAUCGACCUGGAAGUUCCAGUGCGUAGCUUCUCCGCGGGGAUCUUGCACCAGCGCUUGGGCAGCCUGCCCAACUGGUGGCAGGAGCGAGCCAACUUGCGGAGCUUGGAAUUGAACUGGCACGCCUUCGACGAUGAAGGCAUCGCAUCAUUGGUGGAGGGUUGCCCUCAGCUGGAAGUGCUUUUGUUGGACCGGGCCGAGUCGCCUGGUAUGGCCUGGUGUCCGCGAAAACACACACGUUUGCUCAGCUCUGUUUGUGUCAGUCAGAGGACGAAGGUGGCUGGCCUUGGGGUAUGAGCAGUGUGAAGAGCAGUGUGAAGAGCAUAUGUGUUUGUGUUGGACAUCCAAACAUGUUCAAUGGGUAUUGUUCAGUUGGCCAGUAGUGAGCUGAUCUACAUACUGUAAAACACCUGUUCUUGGAGAGCUCCUGGGACAGGAAAACCAUUCCAGCAAGUGUUCCCAUUUCUCCAAGUGAAUGUUCUACUUGGCGAGAGUUCAGCUCGUCUAGAUUGUCUACCACGGGAACCUCCAACUAUACACCAACCGGACCAACAGAGGUUGAAA